AUGUUCGUUUAUUUCAUCGUUUCAGGUCAUCACAUUUCCACACCUUCACCACAUAGAGGACCAGCUCCCCGACAAAGACAAAAUAUACCUCUCUGGCAGUUUAUCAAAGAACUUUUAAAGCAAGCUGACAAAUUCGGCGAUUGUGUCAAAUGGCUCGAUCGUUCUAGGGGUGUGUUUAAAGUAGAAGAUUCUUCAAGACUAGCCAAAGAAUGGGGCCUUCGUAAAAAUCGACCAAAAAUGAAUUACGACAAAUUAAGUCGGUCCAUUCGUCAAUAUUAUCGCAAAGGAAUCAUCAAGAAGACUGAACAAUCCAAACGUUUAGUUUACCAGUUCUGUACGCCUUAUUUAUAG